CACGCAGACAGCUGCAAGACAAGACACGCAACACCGGCAGCAGUUCAAUUGACCUGCAGUCACAGCUGGCUUGUCUCAAAAGUUGCAGUUCUGCAACCAGUAUCGCUCAAUUGGUGUGUGAAAGUACUAAGAGCAUUCCCUCAUAAUGGCAGAGUCAGGCCCCGUCUCGCCUCAGCCGCUUUCCAAGCGUGAGCUCAAGCGUCAACAGAGGUUGGCCAAGGAACGGGAAAAGAAUGCCGCAAGCCCUGAAGAGCAUGCUACAAACGGAGCUGCGUCUCCAGUUCAGGAGACUGCCAAAGGUCCGACCGAUUCUAGGCCGUCGCCCUUCCUCGAGCCCGUGCAGAAACGCAUCCGAAAUUAUCUCAAGAAGAAGCAAAAGAUUGACAAACUGACGGAACAAUCACAGGACCCUCAUGAAGCAGUCAAGUUGAAUGCCGAUCAAAAGGAGAUUCUUGCCAGGAAGGACCAAGUCCUUGCACCCCUCAAAGAAUUGCAAGCACUUGCAGAGCAAUUCUCCGGCAUUGACAUUGAGCACAAUCUUGCGCUACGGGCAGAAGCUGACGAGCGUAACGCUGACAAGAUUGCUGCAGUCAAAGCAGCAAGGGAGGAAGGCUACAACGAGGGCAAGAAGUUGAUCGAAUCAGUGGUUGGAUUUCUGGGCUACGCGUCGAUACUACGCAUCAACCCAACAGAAGAUCAAGAAUACAACGAGGCUAAUGAGAGGCUUCUUUCCAUCUUUUAUGAAAGUGGUCCAGCUUCUGUUGAAGCAGCGGAGCGAUUGAAGGAGGCGUCCGACUCAUGCAUCGAGGGCACUGUCAUCUCUUAUGCUCGUAUUGCAGAGGCAAUGAAGCCGGUUCCUGAGGAAGACGUCCUGGAGGUGCCAGAGCAAGCAGAGAUCCAAGCUGCAACGGAAUACGGCAACAAUCACAGUGCUGCAGGGCACUUGGUCAGUUUUGGCCAUGUCGCCGAACACCCUAGCACAAUGGGUGGUGGUGGUAUAUCAUUCCUCAACGAGUCCGAGAUCGAGGGAAGCCACGCCCCAGAGGAAGCAGAGGCCUUGCCGACUGAGUCCACGCCAGAAGCUCCAGCCCAAGGUGUUGCAGAAACCUGCAAUGCCAACUCUGCUGGCAUCGCCUGGAAUGCUGAAACCCCGGAAGUCAAUUGGGCUGACGAGGUGGAUGCCUCUGAUGCUGAGCCAAAGGCCAGCGUUACCCCAGCUGUUGCAGUGCCGCAUACAUCAGAGCCACCGCGCGCCGUUCUCCCGACAAAGGAACCAGAGGAUGAGUUCACGCCUGUUGAAGGACGCAAGCGCGACUCUGGAACCCGAGGACGCGGACGAGGCGACCGCCGUGGCAGAGGCCGGGGACGAGGCAGAUCAACUGCAACGCCCGCUUGACAAUAUCUGCUCUUACCGGCGCGUGAUCUAGCAUGUCCUAUCAUACAACGCAACCUUCUCCGUAGUCUGAAUCAAGGCCCG